UCAGAAUUGACUUUAAAAAGUACAAGUUCCUCCUCCCCAAACAGAGAUUUAGAGAAAUGGUGAAAGGAGCAGUGAAUGAGCAGCCGCAAAAAGCUUUUGGGUGGGCUGCCAGGGACCCUUCCGGAGUUCUCUCUCCCUUCCAUUUCUCCCGCAGAGAAAAUGGCAAUGAUGAUGUUACAGUGAAGAUACAUUAUUGUGGAGUAUGUCACUCAGACUUGCAUACUUUGAAGAAUGAAUGGGGAUUCACAAAAUACCCCAUUCUCCCUGGGCAUGAAAUUGUUGGUAUCGUGACAGCAGUUGGCUGUAGUGUCCAUAAAUUCAAGGUUGGUGACCGAGUUGGAGUUGGGGUGAUUGUAGGCUCCUGUCAAACAUGUCACAUCUGUGAACAGAGCUUGGAGAACUAUUGUCCCAAAGCGAUAUUUACCUACAACUCCACAGAUCAUGAUGGUACAAAUACCUAUGGCGGUUACUCUGAUAUCAUAGUUGUUCAUCAGCGCUUUGUUCUUCAAUUUCCUGAAAACCUACCUUCUGAUGCUGGGGCACCGUUAUUAUGUGCUGGAAUCACUGUAUACAGCCCCAUGAAGUACUAUGGUAUGACCGAACCAGGCAAGCAUUUGGGUAUUGCUGGAUUAGGUGGCCUUGGUCACAUUGCUGUGAAGAUUGGAAAGGCCUUUGGGUUAAAAGUUACUGUCAUCAGCACCUCCCCAAAGAAGGAAGAUGAGGCCAUCACCAAGCUUGGCGCAGAUGCUUUCGUUUUAAGUACUGAUCCUGUAAAAUUUAAGGCUGCUGUGAAUACCAUGGAUUACAUUAUUGACACCAUUGCUGCGGUUCAUCCAUUGGCUCCACUGCUCAGUUUACUGAAGAUGGAUGGUAAGCUUAUCACUAUUGGAUUGCCUGAAAAGCCACUGGAGCUUCCAAUUUUCCCUUUGGUUUUGGGAAGGAAGCUUGUUGGAGGAAGUGACAUUGGAGGCAUGAAAGAGACGCAGGAAAUGUUGGACUUCUGUGCAAAGCACAACAUUACUGCAGAUAUUGAGCUGAUUUCAGUGGAUAACAUCAAUAUGGCCAUGGAACGACUUGCAAAAUCUGAUGUCAAGUACCGAUUUGUGAUUGACAUAGCCAACUCUUUAUCCCUAUCCUGAAAUUGUUCGAGGUAGUUGCUGCUGUUUCUUCCUUCAUUACCAAAAACUUGAUUUUACAAAUCGAGCAACAUAUGAUUGAAACUAUAUAUGUAGCAAGUUGAUAUAUGACCGGUCAGGUUGCGGUUGUUAUACUAUUAUUAUGACAAUAUACCUUUGAGCUUCUGUGUGUUCUCAUGGUUCAUUAA